AUGGCUGCCCCAGCGCAAUGGCAGCGCGACUCGGCGGCGGGAGCUGGGCGAAGGUUAAGUCCACCCAGGGCCCUGCGGUGCGUGCGGCGACAUUUAACGCGAGAGACAUUUAACACCGAGCUGAACGCACAGGAGCGCGUCGGGCUGCUCUGUGAGGCGCCCUGGCCUGUGAGGCGGCGCUGGGUGCGCGGCCUGAGGCGCUGCCUCUGCUGCUCUAACUUCCUCCGGGAUCGGUCUCCGAACGGCCGCGACUGCGGCGCAACCUCCCGCCCCCACCCCGCAGCGGCGGCGUGCGCUGUACCGGGGGCUGUCGGAGCAGGGCACCCCCCCUGCAAGGGCGGGAAGAGGCGGAGCGGAGCCGGCCCCCGGCGGGGCGGUGUCAGGGGCCGGCCCGCUCCGCCCGUGCGGCCGCGGGGCGCUGGGGGCGAGCGCGGCGCCGAGGUAGCGGGCGGCGGCGGCGGGAGGCAGGUCUUGCACUCUGGACUUGUCAGACUUGCAGGCUUCUGGGCACAUCUCUUCUCAGCUAUGAGGAGAUCAGUAGAAUUUAACAUCUGUGUGGUCACCUGCAGCAUCCUGUUCUUAUCCUCCAGUCCACCAUGCCUUGCAUCUCAGCCACUGGAGGAGGAGGAUAUGACAAAGGUCCAGUAUGGAGCCUGGGCAGGGAAUGGGGUAGAAGAUGAAAGCACAAGUAUUCUGAACUUGAAACAUAGCCUCAGCCCCUCUGAGCAGGCUGUUUCUGAAGAGCCAUGUGAGGUGUCAGCAAAGCCUUCUGAGAACCCCUCAAAUGAAGCUUUCAUAGGACAAACACCUCUAAGCCCAAGCAACAUCAUCCCAGGCAGCCAGGGCCUGGCUGCUCACACCUUUUCUGUUGCAGGGGCUCCUGCAGAUGAGGAGUUUGGUCCCACAAAGUCAGAGCUGGAUGAGGAUGGUGCAUUCAAGGCUAUGCUGACCACAGCUGUGACCACACUGAGCCCUGCUGUCCAGGAGAAGUCUGUUGGUGGCCUGGCUAGUGAGACCACUGUGGAGGAUGGUGUUGAAGUAGAGCACAGCUCUGCUGGCUUCCUGGCAAAGCCCACUUCUGGGACAGCUGUGGCAUUGCAGGGUAACUUGGGCUCCUCAGCCACACCUCAGACCAACCUGUACCCCAGCUCUCCCAUCUGGGAAGCAGCAGGUGACCACCUUGUCACCCCAACUCCCCAGGAUCAUGGUGUGACCUCUGAGGUGGGAGUGCCAGGAGCUCGCACAGGGAGCCCGUUGAAGUCCCUGGUUGCCCAAGCAUCUGUGGCUGCGAAACGUCCUGUCACAGUGACUGAGGCCUCCCUCCCCUUGGAAGUGGGGACAAGCAUCAAGCAAGGAGAGCUGCCUGCCAUAACUGACACUGUCACCAUCCACCCUAUGGACACUCUGCCUCCUGACUGGGAUGACACAAAAAUGGGGGCCAUAAGUCAAGGGGAAAGCACAUCUCACAAAAUGAUGGAGAACCUGGGAGCAACAGAACCACCCCAGACCUCACAGGAAAUUGUUGGGGAGAAAGAAGAUGCAACAAGACUGCUGCCAUCCCCAGCAUCCCCUCCAACUCUUGAGCUUGCCAAGGAGAACAACUGCACAGUGCCAGUGCAAGGGGAGGAGCUACCAGCAGCUUCCACAGGCAACACUGAAGUUCUGCAGACUGUGAACGUGACAGGUAUUGACACAACUGAUCUCAACUCACUGAAAAACAGAAACACAGUCACAGCAGAGGAGAAAAGCAUCCUGCCAUCACAACCAGAGGCUGCUGUGGUGACAGAUACACCCUCUGAUCUCCCUCCUACUCCAGAAAGCUCAUGGAAAGGUGUUACCCAGGAGGUGACAACAGUCACCCAGGAGGCUGAUGCUGCUCUCUCAGUUGUGAUGAUGGAUCCUGGAGCUACCCAGGGAACAGGAGUUGCAAGUCUUCCACAGGAAAACAGUGGGGAGGACACCCAGAUGCCAACUGCUCCUGGUGCCACCCAGAUGCUGGUGGCAGCUGGUACUUCUUUGAUGGCAAAUGCUCCAGAUGUAGAAGAUCUCACAGAUGUGGUCCUAGUCACCAGUGAGAAGGCUGUUCUGGCUCCUGGUGAGUUGUCUGCUACUCAGUUUGGACAGACAGAGGAACCAUCCAGCAGAACUGUGGUCCUGGUAACUCCAGCAUCAAUGGCAUCUUCUGUCAGAAGGACAGCUCUCCCAUCUGCAAGGAAGAUCAGUACAGCUGUGACCUAUGGGCUGGACCGCCUGGAGUCAGAAGGUACCACUGAUCCCAAGACUAAGAGGCAGGCAGCUUCGUGUGGAGUGGCACACUUGCCUUGACACAGUCCUCAGUCUGUCUCUUAUUACACAGCUAUGUGCAUAUUUAGUCCCUAAUAAAGUUGUUGAAGACCCUG